AUGUCUCUCGGCAGGCCCAGCCGCGGCAAUGCCGCCGCAGGCGGCGGCGGCGGCGGUCCGGCGCUGCCCGGCGCCCUCGUCCUCGGGGGCUUCCCGCGGCACGACCUCCCCGCCCCACCCGACGGGCCCGACCUCAACGCCGUCGUCGCGCCGCCGGUGAGCCAAGUUGCCCCAGCCCCAGCUCGUCCUUCCCAGGCCUGUGUACAAAAACUCCGAGCUCGUGUCCAUACCCUGGAGACUGCAUUUUCUGACGCGGAUAGGAUUUUAAGGGAUAUUCAAGGUGAAAUACAACAGAUGAGGGAGGAGGGGCAUGAGAAAGACAGGCAAAUCCGAUCUAUCGUUGAAGAUUCAGAGAAGGAACGUCAGACAAGGCACAUUAGAAUCAAGCAAUUCGACCAUGAUAAAGAGCUGAUGCGUGGCACCCUUCAGGGAUACAAAGAAAAACUUAAGAAGUCUUCUGAUGCAUUUCUGGAGUAUAAGAAGAUGUGUGAAGGAAGUGGCGUGUCAUCUUCGGGUGUUGUGGCUGAUGAGCAAAAUCGUAUUCUUAUGAUGCGGCAGAAGUACGCAGAGGACAUUAAUGCGCUUCAGAGAGAUGUGUGUUUGAGCUUUGCAGCAUGUGCUAAAGAGAUUACAAUGCUGGCAACAUGGACUGCAUACCUCAACAAUGAACUUCAAAGGCUGAAUGAUUAUAUACAAAUUCCAGAUCUCAACAAUGGGGGCCCUCAACUGUGA